GCAACUUGUACGACAAACCUUAUUAAGGUUGUAUGUAUUAUAUAUACCCCAUUAUUCUUUUAGUUGUUCCUCAGCAACCCAUUUUAAGUUGCAAAUUUAACACAAACAAUUUCCAUAUAUUGUAACAAAAAUAACAACAAAAAUAACAUGGAUACUUUUUAUUUUCUACUUUCGUUAUUGAAAUCUCCUCAAAGUUAUCCAAUUGCCAUGACAACAAUAUUGUUCAUGGCACCUAUUUUCUUACUAGGCAUCAUCACAAGAACACUAAGGCGAAAGCCGUACCCGCCGGGCCCGUUGGGCCUUCCUAUCAUCGGCAACAUGAUGAUGAUGGACCAGCUCACCCACCGCGGGCUAGCCAAGCUAGCCCAACGCUACGGUGGGCUGUUCCAUCUAAAGAUGGGCUUCGUCCACAUGAUGGUCGUCUCUAGUUCCGAGGAGGCUCGUCAAGUCCUCCAAGUCCAAGACAGUAUCUUCUCCAACCGGCCCGCUACCAUCGCUAUUAGUUACCUUACUUACGACCGGGCCGACAUGGCUUUCGCUCACUAUGGCCCGUUCUGGCGCCAGAUGCGCAAGCUCUGCGUCAUGCGUCUCUUUAGCCGUAAACGGGCCGAGUCAUGGCAGUCGGUCCGUGACGAGACGGACUACAUUGUCCAGGCCCUCACAGAACGGGCUGGAUCCCCCGUUAACGUAGGGGAACAUGUGUUUAACCUUACUAAGAAUGUAAUAUAUCGGGCCGCCUUCGGGUCAAGUUCCUCGGAGGGGCAGGAUGAGUUUAUUUCCAUCCUUCAAGAGUUUUCCAAGCUCUUUGGAGCUUUUAAUAUUGCGGAUUUUAUCCCGUUCUUCAGUUGGGUUGACCCGAAUGGGCUUAACGAUAGGCUCGUUAAGGCCCGGGGCUCGUUAGACCGGUUCAUCGACCGGAUUAUCGAUGAUCAUAUGAACAAAAAAAAGGCUAUAAAUGGACAUGUAAAAGAAGAUGAAGAUAAAAAGGAAGGAGAUAUGGUGGAUGAUUUGUUAAACUUUUAUAGUGAAGAAGCCAAAGUUAACGAGUCAGAAGAUUUGCAAAAUGCUAUCAAGCUUACUAGGGAUAACAUCAAAGCCAUCAUUAUGGAUGUGAUGUUUGGUGGGACAGAAACAGUAGCAUCCGCAAUAGAGUGGGCAAUGACAGAAUUACUACGGAGCCCCGUAGACAUGAAACGGGUCCAACAAGAACUUGCUGAUGUUGUUGGAUUAACAAAACGGGUUGAAGAAUCGGAUCUUGACAAGCUCCCGUUUUUCCGAUGUUGUAUUAAAGAAACCCUACGUCUGCAUCCACCCAUCCCUCUAUUACUCCACGAGACCGCCGAGGAUGCGGUUGUUGGAGGGUACCACAUUCCUAAACGGUCCCGGAUCAUGAUCAAUGCAUGGGCUAUCGGCCGAGACCCGAACUCGUGGUCCGACCCGGAAACAUUUAAACCCGUAAGGUUUCUUAAAGAGGGCGUGCCCGAUUUUAAAGGGGGUAAUUUUGAGUUUAUACCAUUCGGGUCGGGUCGGAGGUCUUGUCCGGGUAUGGUGCUUGGGUUGUACGCGCUUGAAAUGUGCGUAGCGAACUUGCUCCACUCUUUUAGUUGGGAGUUGCCUGAUGGAAUGAAGCCGAGUCAAGUGAGUACGGAUGAUAUUUUCGGACUCACCGCUCCUCGGGCGAGUCGACUCGUCGCGGUGCCGAGUCCACGGCUAUUGUGCACAAUCACUUGAUGAGUGUACGUACUCAUGCAAAGGUUGGAAAAAAUAAGAAUGGCAGUAUUUUGAAAUUUUGCCUUUGUGUACGUAUAAUAAUACAGUAUGUAUAUUGUAUUAUACUUCAUACUUCGUAACAUAUUUAGUCUUUUUUGUCCACGCGCUAGAAGCGCGUGACGGAGUAUCAUUGUUGCAAUUGUACGUAGUAUGUGAAAUAUUAUUCAAUUUUUAAAUUGUUGAUGUUGAAUUGUUGAUAUUGUUGA